AUGACUUCAAAUUCGAGACCAAUCACAGAGGAGUUAACUCUCCCCCGCCAAAUCUGCGCUCGACGUUAUUGUGAAGAACUCAGUGUCCCCGACAGAAGGAUGUGCGCUAGGCACCGGGAAGAAAACCGACGACAGCAGAUGGUGAGGUACCACAGGAAGAAGUGGAAUGGUCUUUGUGUCAGAUGUCCGGAGCCAUCUAUACCAGGCAAGAGGAUGUGUAAGAAGCACGGAGAUACGCAUAGAAUCAGAAAACUUGUGGACUCGCGAUGCAACCGCGAGAUGGGGCUUUGCGGCUGUGGUAAUGAACUUACCCCAGGGGAGAGGAGGUGCGUGAAUUGCAAGCGUAGCACCGCGCCAGCAUUGGCCACAGCCAUGAUAGUGAGGGCCGCAAUAAAAGCCGCAAAAGAGGCUAUGGAUCUCAACGACGCCAUGCCUUUUAGUGGCAGUAGCGAUUGCAACUUCGAAUCUCCAUUUACACUCUUUACUCCGCCUAAUUCUAAUGAUGAUAUGGCAAACAUGUCACAACAACCAUAUAUGCCAUUCCAAAACACCACCGGAGUUGUGCCUCUACCCAAUACUUCAUACGAAUUGAACGAACUAGGCAGUGAUUGGCUACAGGGGAUGGAUAUGCUAUUUCAAGAUACUACUGGGGUCAUACCUCUACCUGUCACUUCAUACGAUUUUAAUGAAAACAGUGACUGGAUGCAGGGAAUGGACGUGUCAUUUCAAAAUACCACCGGGGUCGCACCUGUUAAUUCAUACGAUUUCAAUGGAGAAAGCGGUAACUGGAUCCAAGGGAUUGACACAGCAUUCGAAGAUACCAUUGGGGCCAUACCCGCAGCCGAUACUUCAUAUGAGCCUAAUGAAGAAAUCAGUAACUGGAUACAGGGGUUGGAUAUGCCAUCCCAAGAUGGCAUCGGAGUUGUACCACCACCCGAUUAUUCAUACGAAUCCAACGGAGUAAGUAAUGACGGUGACUGGAUACAGGGGACAGGCGCGUCAUUUCAAGAUACUACCGGGAUCGUAACUCAACCCGCCACUUCAUACCAAUUUAACGAAGAAAACUGUGACUGGCCACAAGACAUGGAGACGGCGUUUCUAGAUACACUUCCUGGUCCAUACGAAUUCGACCAAGACAAUAACUGGCUGGAGACGAUUGAUCCGUCACUCCUCUUCAAGUGAGGCAAAUUACAUAAUCUGGACGGGAGACAAUAAUAUUGUUACGACCCAACAAUAAGGUUUUUUCUUAAAUCGCCCAACCUCCGGGUUUUAGAUACGCU